UCGUGAUUAGCGCGCCGUGCAAUGAUGUGGAGUUAGAUCACCGAAUCAGAGGCGGGCAAGUAAUUAAGUAGCCAGGCGGAUAGUGAUAGCUCCACGGCCAGUUAUUUGGGUUUAAUCGCAAAAAGUGGAUGGAUGUUACUCAGCGCUAGGCUAUCAUGUGUUAACUGCAAAGGAAUACACUGUUUUCUCGGAGUUUAUAGAAUUUCUAUCUAUCUAUUGGGGAGUACCUAUUCAUUGAGCAAGUUCCCAAGGGUCAAGUGCUAGUCUCAAAAGUUUGAGUGUUUCCAGUGAUAUGGUCAUCCCGUGCCUGUGAUCAGAUAACAAGCCAAGAUGGCUGCUCAAGAUGCAUCGGGUGCUGUCGUGGAGUGCCUCCGCAACAUGGUGGACACUCUUAACAACAGCGGGCCACCGAGUAUAGGAAACAACGAUAGCGUCACAAAUUUAGAAAAUUCACCCAACCAGGCAUAUAAGGAACUCCAUGGUGCUAAAACAGACUCAAAUACAAAUUUUUUGAAUUUAUGUAACAAUGUAGAAACUAGUGCUAUUGCAAACGAUUCGUUGCAGGAAUCGGAUAGGAAUACACAGCGGUUGUCGCCGGCUGUUACGACAAACUGUGAAAAAAUUAACGCCAUGUCUUUCAAUUCUAUCGAAACCAAAGAAUGUGCUCAAAAGGAGGCGGAAAAUUGUGAAAACGAGGAAAGUAUGGAGGUUGAUCGUCAGGAGUCAGAGGAGGAUGAUAUGCUGAGCGAUGUCGAGAGUUUUGACGGGAAAAUCGUUUAUAAUCCCGAUGGGUCCGCGUAUAUUAUAGAGGGCGCUGAUUCUGAUCUUAGCGAUGGCGAAUCUCUACUCGAUGUCCCCCAGGUCGAGGGAAGCAUCAUCGAGCAGAAAGGGAAAGUCAUCCCCACUUCCCAAAUCCCUGUCUAUCCUCAGAUCGCCAAUGCAUUUUACGUUAGUAAGAACCCGGCAUUUUAUAAUCACUUCUACAUGCUCUCUGAACAGAAAUCCUAUCCGGAAGCCCCCAUAAUGCACAGCUACCGUGUCUACGAUUUACGCUCGGGCAAAAAGAAUACGGAGGCCAAAUCUGAUCAUGAUAUGAAACCCGACUGUAGCGAUCUGAAUGAUUCUGGUGUGCGUGACUUAGCAGGGAAAUCACCCAGUAGGAAUUUACAUAUGGAUACACAAACAGUUCCAACCAAACCUAUCCUCAUGUGUUUUAUAUGUAAACUUUCAUUCGGAUAUGCUAAAUCGUUUGUCGCUCACGCCAUCGGUGAGCAUAGUAUGGUACUAAACGAGGAGGAAAAACAAAUCAUGUCGGGAAAGAACGCGUCGGCCAUUAUCCAAGCGCUUGGGAAAGAGAAAGAUCCGCUCCUCUCGUUCCUCGAGCCCAACCUUCCAAAUUGCACAAAAUCUAGCCACUCUCCCAAAAGUGGUACACCACGUUCCACUUUCCCCUCAUCCAGUAUCGCACAGAGUAACACCAACGUUAGUUUCGUUCAUACCACUAAACCUACACCAGUGGAACACCAAUCAAAAGCAGCCAUGUCAUCUCAGGUGUCAUCAAAUGACGUAUCAUCCAUCGUUGCAUCAUCAGAAUCUAUCAAUCACAAAAUGGACGCCAGUGACAGUGAGAGAGACGAACCGCCAUCGGGUAACGUCACGCCCACCUCGGAAAUGGACGAUUCGAAUCUGGAUAGCGAUGUGAUAAAAAACAAUAAUAACCUGCCUGAUUUGACAUCGAGUAAUGAUCUAGGGUUUCCGUACAGUACUGGAAGUAUGAUCUCACGCAGUAGUCCAAAAGACUUUUCCCUCUCUUCCAUUAACAGCUCAAACGUAACGCUGCCUCUGCAUUUUGGUGGGCAAAUCCCGAGCCCGCUACAGGCCCACUUGGCAUCUAUGAUGCCACAGACCUGCGAGGACCACCCUCAGGGUAAAGCUCAGGGUGUUGAGUGCCCGAAAUGUGAUAUGAUUCUCAGCUCAUCACGGUCACUCGGUGGCCACAUGACUAUGAUGCAUUCGCGCAACUCGUGUAAGACUCUGAAAUGUCCGAAAUGCAACUGGCAUUAUAAGUAUCAGGAGACCCUGGAGAUCCAUAUGAAAGAGAAGCAUCCGGACAGUGAUACGCAAUGCAUCUACUGUAUUACCCAUCAGCCUCAUCCGCGUCUGGCUCGUGGCGAAGCCUAUACUUGCGGCUAUAAGCCGUAUCGCUGUGAUGUCUGCAACUAUUCGACGACGACGAAAGGUAACCUCAGCAUCCAUAUGCAGUCAGAUAAACACAUCAAUAACAUUCAGGAACUCCAGAAUGGUACUUCAGAAAUCAAGCUACCACCUCAGCAACAUGCGCCGCAGCCCGCGCCGACACCGGAUCCAAACGCUGCCGCAAAGAAUAAGCAACUGAAGCCGAAACCGACCUGGAGAUGCGAUGUUUGCAACUACGAAACUAACGUCGCGCGUAAUUUGCGUAUUCAUAUGACAAGUGAGAAGCAUACGCAUAACAUGAUGGUGUUGCAGCAGAACGUGAAGCACAUGCAGCGUGACAUGCAGAUGCAGUUGGCGCUGUAUGGCGGCCAGGACACGGCAAUGAUGGGGAUACCAUCGCCCCUCACGCCAGCCCUGCCUCCUUUCCCGUACGACCAGUCAAUGUUCAUGCCGCAAGUGCCUGGCAAUGUGGAUACCAACUCCCCCGUCGACCUGACCAUGGCCAUGGAUCAAGCGCAGGCUCCAGCUAAUGGCACCGAGGACGAACCAAGCAAAAUAUUCCAAUGUUCUGUAUGCAACGUGUUUUCGACCGAUUCUUUGGAGGCUUUGCACCAGCACAUGCAGGUUGACCGAACCAAGAGUAAACCUGAUGACAACGUCAUGGUCGCCAGUGGAAACUACAUGUGCCAGCUCUGCUCCUACAAAACCAACUUGAAGGCAAACUUUCAGUUGCACUGUAAGACGGAUAAGCAUCUUCAACGCUUGCAGCUUGUCAAUCACAUCAAAGAGGGCGGCACCAGUAACGAAUGGCGCCUGAAGUACAUGAACAUGAGUAACCCUAUUCAGGUCAAGUGUAAUGCAUGUGAUUACUAUACGAAUAGUAUACACAAGUUACAGAUGCAUGCGGCUAACCCGCGUCACGAGCCGAGCUCACAGCUUUUCCGCCAUCUUCUGAAUGGCGAAAUUAGUAUCAAAUCCGAACGGAAGUACUACCAUUGUUCGUUGUGUAGCUAUUCGACGAAGGCAAAAUUGAAUUUGAUUCAGCACGUGCGUACGAUGAAGCAUAUGCGGAACGAGAGCGUGCGACAAAUUCAACAACACGAGGCCGGAAAGUCGCCAGAGAACGACCGAAUGUGGUGCUUCAGCGUCAAGGAAUUUAACGAAUCUGACAACAUCGAAUUUGAAGACGGAGAUGGUGAGCACAACGAUGAAGAAAGCAAUGGGCCCAACUCGUUGGAAAACAGUAUGUCAGAGGUACCGCUGCCUGGGUCCAUGCACGCUGCCAAUAUGAACAACAGUUCCCCUGAAAAUUCUGAUGGCGUGGAGGCUGGCAAUUCCGAACACAUCCAUAUCUGCCCCUAUUGUAACUACAGCAGCGUGAACGAGAUGCGCAUCCAGGCCCAUAUCACCACCCAGCAUUCGCAGCCCGCUACAGCUGAGAUGAACUGCCCACUCUGCCAGGACGGCUUCAAGGAGAAAGCAAAGUUGGAGCGCCACCUGGCACAGUCGCAUAAUGUCUCCCAGGAAGGUGUGCAGCGAUUGAUGAUCCUUGUUGAUCACACGAGAUGGUCGCCUCCUGCGCCAGCUGAGGCAAGCGGCGCCCCCACUGACUUGCGUAUGAAUCAGAACGAGAGUCAAGAUCGUAGCCCGACUGGCACCCCGGAAGAUGACAGCAUGGAGACCAAAUCUGAUGCUUCUGAGCCAGACGCUAUCAAGAUCCCUCAAGAUGAUGCUGAUUCGUCUGAUGAGCUAAACGGUGACAAGGAUGAGGAGGAGUAUCGUUGCCAUACCUGCUCUGGCCUGUUCCGCAACAUCGACGCCCUCUACGCCCACCAGAACGAACUAGGCCACUUGGAGCUCAAGCAGACGCCCCGUGGACCUGGAUACCUCUGCUGGAAGAAAGGCUGCAAUCAGUAUUUCAAAACGGCGUCUGCCCUUCAGGUGCAUUUCCGAGAAAUCCACACCCGCAAACAACACCUGUCUGUCUCCAAGCGCCAUGUUUACAAGUAUCGUUGCAACCAGUGCAGCCUUGCUUUCAAAACGUUGGAGAAGCUGCAGACGCAUUCGCAGUAUCACAUGAUCCGAGCAGCUACGCGUUGUACCGUCUGUGAUCGCAGUUUCCGCACCUUGGAGGCCAUGAAGAAGCAUGUCGAGUCUACGCAUCUCGAGAUGAUGUCCGAGGAAGAAGUGGCGAAUUACAAAUUAUCGCUAUUGUCUAAUCCUCUGGCCUUGUUAGGAUCUACGAUUGAGAACGUCAUCAACCAGGAAAAUCAUGACGAGGAAAUGAGAGAAGACGUGCAAGAUAUGAGUAUGUCGGACAAGAUGGCUGAUUACGAUGGUGAUCGCCAAUCGCCGAUGAGCGACGACCAGACUAACGAUUCCAUCAACAAUGACGGUGAGAACGACGAUGGAUCUGAGGGUUCAUACCGUGAGAAAAACUUCUUUGAAGACUACAUCAACAGCCAAGCAAUUGCCGAAGACAGCUACAAUGAUCCUGCAAGGAAAUUCAAAUGCCAUCGCUGCAAGGUCGCAUUCACGAAGCAGAACUACUUGACUGCUCACAACAAGACUUUGCUGCAUCGAAAAGGCGAUAAAAUGAACUAUCCAAUCGAGAAAUAUUUGGAUCCAAACCGACCUUACAAGUGUGACGUUUGCAAGGAAUCCUUCACCCAGAAGAACAUCCUACUAGUUCAUUAUAACUCGGUCUCCCAUCUGCACAAGCUGAAACAAGCGGCCCAGUCGACUUCUCAGAGCCCGUCACCGACAGCGGCAGUGUCGCCCAUAUCAACCCCAGCAUCAACCAGCCCAGUAUCAACGCCAUCUGCACAGCCGCCAUCCACCUCACCUGGUGCGCCUGCUACAUCAAAUUCGGGCAACUCCGACCAGAAGCCAUUCAAGUGCAACAUCUGUAAAGUAGCCUACAGUCAGGGUUCCACUCUUGAUAUCCACAUGAGGUCUGUUCUACACCAAACAAGAGCUUCAAAGCUACAGGAACUGGCAAUGACAGGACAGGUUGAUCUGACGCAGCCUUUGGUUGAGCAGCCGGAGAAGACACCCCAAGCCCAGUCAGCUCAAAAUCAGCACAAGAAACUUCUCGCAGAGAUGCUCCAGCAGAAACACUUGCCCCUGAAUCUGAGCAUGUCAUCGCCGAUUACAAAUCCUCCAGGAAUAUUUGCAACUAAUAUUUCACCUGUCAUAUCGCAACCACCCACGUCGACGACCCCAACGUCGCGGUCUGUCUCGCCUGCGACGACACCGACUCCCACCAGCUCCCAAUCGAGUAAUCAGCCGAUGUUUUCCUGCCAGAGAUGCAAUUCAAUAUUUGUCAACGCCGAGGCUCUUGGACAGCAUCAAGCUAUGUACUGCUACUUCCAGCCACCGCAAAUGCUCAUGACUCCUGGCGGGUCGGCUCAAAACCAGUUCAGCGCCAUGCGACGCUCUGGCUACAUACCUCGCUUCAAGCCUCAAGUUCAUAAAAAUCUCCUGGAGAACUUUGGAUUUGAAUGCGUUAUGCAUUUCAACGAAAACAACCAAGUGGUCAAGCCCAAGAAGGAGGGCGACAAGACAGAAGAGAAAGUUGACAUCAAAAAAGAAUUGAAUAUAAAAGUCGCUGACAAUAUGCCAGAGAUUGAAAAAGCCGUCUGCGAUCGAUGCGGGAAAAGUUUUUCGAGUAUCUGGGUGCUGAAAGAGCAUCAGGAAGAAAUCCACAAAGACGUCAUCCCUAUCGAUUUCAUUGAGCUGUACGGUGAAAGUUUCAAGGAAGAUUUUGAGAGGAGGCAACCACCAAUGUUGGUGAUUGGUCCAGAGGGUCUGCCCACGACGUCGACGCCAGCGCAGGCCACGCCUCCAAUGCCGUCUGCUCCCUCGACUCCAAACUCUGAUAUCAACGUCAAGAUUGAGCCGUCGUCUGCUCCUCCUUGUUCUCUCUCUCUUGAUUUGCCGCCUGUUACCGGAGUGACGAUGCUGAAUAUGAUGCAGAUGUCUAUGCCCAUGGGGAUGCCGGUCAGCAUGGGCAUGCAGCCUCCGCUUGUCCCAAUGAUGUUGCCGACUAUGGAGAAUCCUUUCACCUCCGGUGGAGUGCUCCCGUCGUUCAUGGACCCGAACCUCCAGCAGAAAAUCCAGCAACAACAACAACAGGCUGCGGCUGCUGCGAAUAAUCAGAAACGGGCUAGGACACGCAUCAAUGAUGAACAGCUGAAGAUCUUAAGGGCCCAUUUUGAUAUAAACAACUCGCCAAGCGAGGAGCAGAUUAUUGAAAUGUCUGAGAAAUCUGGUCUACCACAGAAAGUCAUCAAGCAUUGGUUCCGUAAUACGCUAUUUAAGGAACGGCAACGGAAUAAAGACUCGCCGUACAAUUUCAAUAAUCCUCCCUCGACGACCUUGAAUUUGGAAGAGUACGAAAAGACUGGAAAGAUCAGUACUAGUACGAGCGAUACCAACUCUGAGCCGGACUUGACUAAACCGAUUAACAUGAUCCACGAUGACCUCCCUCUUCCCCCACCCAGGCCGGAACCAGUUGAUAUCAAGCCGGACUUGAAGCAUUUAGAACGCAAGCUCAACAUCAAACAGGAGCCAGUCGAGGAACCCCGCAGUAAGUUUGAGGAACAGAUCCGCGAAAGUUUGAAAGAGAAGGUGCCUCCACCUGUUCUCAUGUCACCAGGUUUGGCGUUUCCCGUUGCCACUUCAGCCGAUUUCUUGAAUAUUACUCCUCCUGCGUCGAGUUCAUCUAUGUUGAUGACAACACCACCUUCAACGAUCCUGCCUCCGAUUCCCUCAACGUCUGCUAGCUCCUGUAAGCGCUCGGAUAGCAUGGAUAGUAGUCUCAGCAGCCUUGAUUUGACACCAGCACAAAUUGCUGCGAACGCGGCAUCAAAUAGGCGUGCAAAUCGAACCCGUUUCACCGAUUUUCAGAUCAAAACGCUUCAGGAAUAUUUUGAACAGAACGCGUACCCAAAAGAUGAUGAUUUGGAACACUUGUCAAAAGUACUGAAUCUAAGUCCUAGGGUUAUUGUCGUGUGGUUCCAGAACGCGAGACAAAAGGCAAGGAAAGUCUACGAAAAUCAGCCACCUGCGGAAAGUCCUAGUGAAGAUUCAAGCGGUCGGUUCCAACGUACCCCAGGUCUUAAUUACCAGUGCAAGAAAUGCCUUACUGUCUUUCAACGAUAUUACGAACUUAUCAAACAUCAAAAGAAACACUGCUUCAAGGACGAGGAUAUCGCUCCAAGUCAGGUCUUUGGCGGGGAUGACUCCAAUUCGUCAUCCGUCAAUUAUUCAGUCAGCGACACCAACGUAAGCGAGCGGGGUGCAAGUGAGAACAGCGAUCCACCAAUUACGACGACCGUCGAGAACCUUCGUCUGCCACCCUCAGAGUCACCGUCAGCGCUUGCCAACUUUAAGUGUGAUAAAUGUACCCUCACAUUCCCCAGAUUCGAUCUCUGGCAAGAGCAUCAAAAUGUCCAUAUCAUGAACCCAAGUCUUUUCCAAAGUUUUGCUCCAGACUCCGCAUUUGGGGUCCUCCAGAAUCUAGCACAGCAACAGGCGGCCGCGGAACAGGACAAGUCGCCCUCGAAACGAAAAAUGUCUGAGGUAGAGGACGAGGAUGAUAACGAUCAACCUCGCGAUAAGCGCCUCCGAACAACGAUUCUACCUGAGCAGUUAGACUACCUCUAUCAGAAAUACCAGGUCGACUGCAACCCGAGUCGUAAACAGUUAGAAAACAUUGCAUCGGAAGUCGGGCUCAAGAAACGUGUGGUGCAAGUGUGGUUCCAGAACACAAGGGCGCGUGAACGCAAAGGUCAGUAUAGAGCACACCAGCAGCUUAUCCAUAAGCGUUGUCCAUUCUGUCGUGCACUCUUCAGAGCCAAGUCCGCCCUAGAGUCGCAUCUCGCCACUAAACACCCCGAAGAGAUGGCCAAAGGCGAGAUUAAUAUUGACAGUAUACCAGACGCACCCGGGGAGUCCCCCAGCCCCCUCACGCCAACCUCAACAUCACCUGGUUUAGAUAUGGCCAAACUUAUGGCUAAUCCAUUCAACAUGCAGCCAUUUAUGCCAUUUAUGCCUACUCCCAAUCUUGGCCUGCCUCCUACUUCAGAGCCUCUACACAUGCAAAUGAAGCGGAUGUAUGAAGAUUCGCUGAGGCAGUACAUGGAUGAUUUAGGGCAGAAACCCAACUCUAGUGAUAUUCCAUCAACAACCACAAAGAAGCCAUCAAUGCCUAAGCCGAGUGCCAUGUCGAAAAGUCACCAGGAUGAUGAUGCACCUUUAGAUCUGAGUAAUCCAGUAAAGGUGUCUGUCAGUCGAGACAAUAGACGUUACAGUUAUGAUGGUCCGGCAACAGACGUUAGCAGUAAUAGAAGUUUUGACCAUUUCAACAACAGUCGGAUUAGUUUUGAUGAUUCGAUAUCUGAGACGCAUUCCGAGUCGACCGAAAAUGAUUACGAAGAUUCAAAUCCAGCAUCGCCGAACGGUGCCCAUCGGUCUCCCUCAUCGCAUCAGCAGAAACGUUAUCGUACCCAGAUGACAAAUCUGCAGGUCAAGGUCAUGAAGACGCUAUUUGUUGACUACAAGACACCGACCAUGGCAGAGUGCGAGAUGUUGGGACGCGAGAUUGGUUUGGCCAAACGUGUCAUCCAGGUUUGGUUCCAGAAUGCGCGAGCGAAGGAGAAGAAGGCUAAGGCCAGUAAUUAUGGGAAUCAGUACACAAACGAAGUCGAACUACCUCCGCAACCCGAUGAAUGUCGCUACUGCAAUUUUAACUACUCACACAAGUAUUCGAUUCAAGAUCACAUAUUCACGAAGAAACACAUCGACAACGUCAAGAAGAGUCUUCACACGCAGCUGGAGAACGAACGUGAGACGUCUGAACCUGGUAACAACGUCAACAGAUCGCAGGAAUCGGAGCGGCUUCAAGAGGUCAACAUGGCCACGCAUCCGCACCUGGCCCAAUUGCAGGCAAUGGGCUUACAAGCGAUGGGACUGCCGGCGAACUUGGGAGUCGUCCCAGGAAUGCCGGCAUCGGCUAUAGCUCCAGGAUCAUCAGCAUUUACCGAGGCGCUCAGUAAAGAGGCACAAAAAAGUCGCUCAAGGUCAAAGGUCAAGGUGAAAGAUGAACAGAAAGAAGAUAUAGUGAAAAAGAAAGAGUCCACCUCUGUGUCCGAGGCUGCUAUCACCCCUCAGAUGCUCUCUCCCUUUGGUCCCCUCUUCCCUGGGUCUGAGGCGGGCCUACUGCCCUUCAUGUACCCCGGGGGAAUGCCGGGCUUCUAUCCAGGGAUGGGUAUGCCUUUUAUGCAACCUGGCCUCAUACCUGAUGACUACCGAUGGCAGCUAUUAAUGCAGCCCCCUAUAUUCCCAGGUGCUGAAGGAGUUUUCUCUUAUGAUCCCACGACAUUCGGAACUCCCCUCACGUUGCUACAAAUUCCUCAGGAGGCGAUACGCGCCGUCACAGCCAAACUCAACGAUCCGAACUGCACCGUCGCAUCAUACACACAAGACUGCAAGACUCUCAAUGAUCUCAAAUCUAUGGUCAGUGCUGCUAACUUAGCGCUAGUUACCGAGACUAACGUCGACGUUGGUUUCAUUUGCAAAAAGUGUCAUAUGGUGUACCCGGCAAAAGACGCCUGUCUGAAUCACCAGCGAAUGAUGUGUUUUGCUGGUAAAAGCACAAACGAUCAAAAGCAGGUAUUGAAAUUAGAACAGGCGCAGUAUCACUGCGGCUUGUGCAACGACGGAUUCUCAAUUCUUCAGGAAUAUAAACAACACUGCGACACCGAUGGUCAUAAAACAAAGAUGGCGACCAUCGGACUUCAGACGCACGCAAAAUCAUCGGACAUGAAAAUGAAGAAGCCGUCUGUGGCACGUAGUUAAUGCUAAUGAAAAUAGUGCUUAAGAAAAGGAAAUUUGGAUGUUUGAAUUGACUUUCUGACUGUUUAUGUGCACACGAUACGAUGUGUUCAGAUUUAAAAUUGCGAAGACAACUGUGCUAACAGUGUAUAGUAUUUUGAACAGUUACAGUUGUGGCCAGGGUCACGACUGGAGAAUUUAUCAUGAACAUGUGCUAACCUGUUGUGAGUGUCACCUCUGGUUGAUAUACACGGCUGUGCAUUAUCGUGCACUGCAUAGGUUGGAAUAUGCUAAUGGAAUUGCUCAACUUAUGGUGGUCGGUCUGACACAGGUUUCUGGCUGAUUUUAGUAAUUCAUAUCAAAGAUGUUACCAGUGAAUGGGCGAGGAUGUACUUAAUUCUAGAGAUGUUUAAUUAAUAAAAGAUAUAUAAAUAGUAACUUCAAUGCAAAGAAUAAUAGGAAUAACGCUAGAAUUUGUAAUUAGGAAAUCUAGUAGUUUAGAGUUAUAUCAAAGGAAUUAUCAUUGUAAGUAAGUUCAUUAUUAGGUCUAAUCUUCAUAUAUGUGUAAGGUUGUGUAGAUAGGAAAUUGUAUCGAAACAAUAAUCGAGAGAUGCUGAUGCAUCCACAAAAGGGUAACAAAAUGUAACCUUUACACCAUCGGUUUCUGGAAUGAACUCUUCUGAUGCAUUAACUGGAAGAGUCUAUAUUGGAAAAUGGGGGUGAAAAGGCUAAAAGUGACCUUAACCCCCAAUUUCUGGAUUGAAUUCAUCCAGUGCAUUAAGUGGAAGAGUCUAUGUCCGGAAAUGGGGUGAAAAGGCGAUUUGAUUGUUCGAAUGUCAGUGAUUGAGUCACUGAUUGGAUGUAGUGGUUGUGUGUGCUUUGGUCAAUGUGAUCGGCGUAUUUUUACGAGAAGAAAAUCACUGUUCCACCUAAGAGUAUUUCUAUGGUUGCAACUCGUUUUGGAAUGAAUAUUCAUUGGAAUAUGGUAAAAUCUGUUGAGUCAUAAUUAAUCACCAAAAAAUGAUUUUAUAAUAAAAUGGUCAAAACUUGUUGUAUUAGGCACAAUAUUAUCCACUAGUAUUUCUAAAUAUAAUAAAAAGUUGGUUGUUUCAAAUUUCGAUGACGGGUCUUGACCGAAAUUAUAAUUUUUGAUUGAAAUAAACAGAGAUAAUCAGGUGAUAUACUGUGGUGAGAAAUUCAGGCCAAUGUGAGAAUUUUGUUUCUUGUGGAAGUCAAAAAUUUGUACUUUGCACAGUGGGUAGGUUUAUGUUGUUUUUAUGCAUCCUGAGAAAUGAUAUAAAGCUCUUCCCAUGGUGACAUGAUUUUGUUGGGUUGCAUGGUCAUUGUGGUGAAAUUCUUAGAAAUGUUGCAAAUUCACCUUUUGAGUGAUUGGUUUCCAAUAGAGACCUGUGUUCUAACUUCCAGUCUGGGAUCCAUUCUAUAUUGCUGUUGCUAAGGUUGAAGCAUAUGUUGCCAUAGCAACAAACUGUUGCUAUGGUUGUGAGCUAUGUUACCAUAGCAUCAAAUGUUACCAAGGCGUUAUUAUUUAGGUUCUUGGUAGGGAGAAAGUGGCGUGGCAUCAAAAUUCGAAAAUCCUACCUUGUCUGUAUACAACCUUAUGGUUCAACUUUCUGUCAUCUUAGUUUAUGCUCCGGAAUAUAAAAUCUUGCAGAUCAAACGAUAUGCCUAAUAUCCAAAUCGAAUAUACCAUUUUUGUUUUUUUUGUUCUUUAUAAAAAAAUUAUCCAAGUGAGAAAUUUUCUUUGAUUCUUGUUAUAUACUUGUGCCGGUAAAUAUAAGUGAUUCAUACGGAGUGUGGAGCAAAAUGAGUUUUAUUCAUAAAUUCCCAGUAAACAGAUACAAGGAAAACACAAUUUGUUUAUAUUUUUACAAGUAGAUCGGGUAUUUUUCAUUAAAUGAAAUAUACACUGCUUCCAGCGUGGGAUAAUAUGCACAGAUUCUGGUGUUUAUUUUUUCUAUGCGAUUCCUCGUAAGGUUGCCAGCAAUAACCGCAGCGAUAAUGAUAUUAUGAAUUGGAGGUAUUAAGUGGCGUAAAUUUCGAAAAAUGGUAGAUUCUAUAGUGUUUCCGAUCUACCAUGUCCAUAUGGGCCAAGCCUGAUAAAGUGUUUCAAUUUCAGUUACCGUUCAGCCAGACAUGCAAACAAUUAACCCUUUCUUUGCAGCAGCCACUUUUCGGUGGGCACCAUCUUGCUUAAAUUAUCGCCGAGUGCGUUUGGCACUCUUUUAAUUGGUGGAGAAAAGAAAUCUCAUUAUUUGACAGCAAUUCUCUCAUUCUAAGAUCUGGGGGGGGGGGGCGGUUGUAUGAUAUAUCUCUCCAUGGUCUACCAGUUGGCAUUACUGUUCUUUUUAUCACGAAAUUGGCUGCGAUGGAACUUAUGGAACGUUUUAAAUGUAUAUAAACUUUCCAGUCAACCCGGGUGCUGUUUUCAGCAUAUAUGUUCGAGUGCUGCAUGCCUCCUUUGAUAUCGAAAUCAAAAUCAAAUAGUAUUGUUACAAAUAAAAGUAUUUUAAAUUGUUUCAACUCGCAAGUUGAAACUUUCUGUGUGCAUCCUCUAGAUGUUAUUUUGCAUCAAGUUUAACCCUUUGAUAUCUAAGUAUGGUGACAACUUUUUAAAAAGUGUCAUAUUUUUCCUUUGUUAUGACAAUAUCAACAUAUUUUUGAGUUGGGAAGACUGAUACUGUUCAGUGAAAAAUAUUUGGAUGUGUUCAUCAGCGUUAUUCGAAUCUCAUGUUUUUUUCAUUUCUUCAACGAAGUUGUUUGCUAUAGUGCGUCUCAAAAAAAUUUCAUGUUUUUUCAUUUUUUAUGAUAAAACUUUGUUUAAUCACAACUGUGUGUCUCAAAAAAAUAUCAAGAACUUCUUUGUGGGUAUUGCACACUUUCAGGACUCAAAGGGUUAAUUCUCUUCUCUGAUCAAAGCGUAAUCAUCAGGGAUAUAUGGAUUGGUGCUCACAUAUAAUAUUAUGUCAGAACAGAAUUUCAUAGCAAUUGAACUUCCACAUCUCUGACAGUUAAGUUUCCGUUGAAUUUUUUUCAAGCUGGAUUCUACAGAAAACAUCACAGUUUUUCAGAUGCAAAAUGAACACACACCAAUACUCCGGCAAAGUUUUUUUCUCCCACUGAGUACUUGUGCGUACAACUCGAAAAGAGUGGAAAAGGCAGUUUUCAAUUUUGUGAGUAUGUAUGUACAUUGCAUAGGCAUGUACAAUGUAUAUACAUACUAAAAUAGGUAUUAGGACAAGAUGUACUUAUAAAUAAAUAUAGUUGUAGCUGACUUUAAGAGUUGGCUUUGCUUGCUAUGUGAUCGGCAUUGAAGCAUGAUUAUAUGGUCUAAACCAUGCCAUAGCCCUAGGGGCGUGUUUCGAAUCGUUUCUGAGCGGCGUGAGGCCGGAUAUUUGAUGGUUUCCCAUUGUUGUACAUAUCAGUUGAGGCGGUGAAUGAUUGUAUAUGUUGUUUAUAUAUAUAGUUGAUACUAACCUGGGAAAAUUUAGGAAAAUUGUUGUGCUGUCUGGUCUGAGGGGUGUGUGUGCCAGGAAUUUGCGUAAAAAUUAUCAAACUUCCAUUUGACAUCAUCGUUGGCUUCGUGUAUUUUGACUGGAGACAUUUUUCUGGUCUUUAAGUACUGAAGUCAGUUCCUAUCCAAUGUGCUCGUUAUUGCCUACUUUAUUGUAAAAUUGCAAUGAAAUCGGCAAACUGUUGCGCAAUCUCCUGGCUUGGACACCUUUUAGGCAUGCGGACAGAAACAGUACUAAAUGCUAAAGAUGAUAAUGUUAAAUAAUUUUGCAUCAAAACUUGAUGUUGUUAAAUCGUGUACGUGAAGUGCUGUCGGUUUUGUUAUAAGGUCGUAGUGGAAUACAUUGUUUCUUUUUUCCGGGAACUUUGGAGUCAAUUUUUAUAGCAUUAUGUACCAUGUACUGUACCGUAGCGUGUAGUACCAAGUUUCCAGUCUUUAACAGACUAAUAAAACAUUGUCUUAGUAGGUGAAUUAAUGCUUCUAGUGUUAAGGAGACCAAUAAUUAAAGGAAUCACAUAUGAUUAAAACAGAAAGAAAGAUGUACAUAUUUUAUUAGUAAAAGUAUACAUUGGCAGAUUUAGAUCUCAGAUCCACCUAUUGACACUAUCUGGUACUUUGUCGCAGGUCAAAGGUCACAUAACCAUGGAGAUGUCGUGUUGUCCCAUUUAACCCUUUGACCCUAGAUUUGUAUUUGAAUAGGAUCACUGGCCCAGGGCCAAUUAUCAGCGAUGUGAUUUCUCAAGGCAAACUUUCACGCAUAAUGAGGUGCAUGUAUUUGUUUAUGAAACAGUCUUUGAGUCUAAAUACAGGAUAUUUUGAUUGCUAAUGAGAGGUUUAUUAUUGUUUGUUUUUAAUUGGGAAAUUUUAAAGAGAAAUAAGAAUACUAGGUGUAUGAAUUUAGGGCAGAUACUGUUGACAAUUUUUUUUCUUUUUCGCUGAUCAAUUUCAUCCCAAGUUGAUGUUAAGGUAAACUAUUCUUGUGUAUGAAAAUAUACAUUACCCAGGUGUCAACUUCUGAUGAAGUCUGGCAACCAGCUUCUAGGUCAGUUGCUAGUAUGUUAUCACAAAGUUUAAAGGGAGGCUAUUGGCAGCAGCCAGGUUGUUCAGAUUAAGUUACACAAAGUCGCCAAUAGGGGUGUCUCCUAUCUUACAGUGCAUCAAAACUAUUCAUGCUGUAUGUAGAGUAUCUUCUUCUUCUUCUUCUCGUUCGCUUUAAUGUAGAGUAUGAUUACCAUUGAUUAAAACAGUCACCAAGACUACCAAGUUGACCCCUAGCUCCUGCCUAUAGUCCCCCUUUAACUAGAGCUAGACAUAGCAAUUUCAUUUUGGUCACAGCUUCAAAAGUGCUUUGCAGCGGUUAUGGAUCUAGGAGUGGCACGCAUUAUUAGAAUUAGUUUCAUUUUGUGCUAAUGGCUUGAAAUCAUAUGAUAUUGCUUGUAGGUGUUUAUUUUCUCUCUCUCGAAAAUGCACAUUUAGGUGUAUGUAGUUCAGGAUGGUGUAUUAUAGUAUUAUGCUGACUUUUGAAUACGGCGAUGAAUUUGGCUGCAGUGAAUUUUGUGCAUUUUUAUUGGGUCUGAUUUGGCCCUUGUAUUCAAAUUCUCCAUAAUUUUGCAAAAAAAUAUGUCUUACCCUAGCAACUCAUGGAUCCUUCUGUGCUGAUCUGACACGUUUUGUUUUCAAACGUUCGCUCGUUAAAGGGCAGGAUUGGCUGUGCAGUGAUUACCAUAGAUAUUAAAGAAGUGCUUGUUAAAUUAUCAUCUUGCAAUUUCCGCAAUGUUAAAUCAUUAUCCUGGGAAAAUAACAAAACCGCUUCUGAAAAAAUAUUGCGUUAAAAUCUGCCAAUUAGAUGGUUAUUCCAUAAAAACUUAUCCAUUGACUUAAUUGAAAUUUACAGUUUUAGAUAAACAGUUUAACAGAGGUGUUCAAACAAUUUGCACAAUUGCUGCUUUCAAAAAUUCAAUGGUUGCCAUGGAAACACAAUGAUAAAAUGGUUUAAUACCAGAAAUACUUCUUCAGUUACUGGAAAUCUAGAGUCUGAUACAGGCAUUCCAAUGUAUUUGCUGCAACUCAUUAUUCUUAUGGUAUUUUCAAACGUUAGAACCUUCCGUUUUCUAUGACUUGACAAUCUUCCAUUUCUACUUUAACGAAUAAAUUGGAAUAAAUUUACAUCAGAAUGCCGGUACAUGAAGAAUACUACUCAUCGAUAAUUCGUUUAUGAAGUUUGGGCGCUUUGCAAAAAGAGUUUAAAUAAUAAACAUACUAUAUAGAAGGGAAUUCCCUCAGUUAAAGUUAAGGCACUAUGUCUCCUAUGCUGAGUCGCGUUUGAAGUUAAGGCACCCGCACGCAAAACCUAAACAGUCGCUUCAAUUAUGACAUGGUUACUAUAAGCCAAAUGAUGAUGAUGAUGAUAUAUUUUGAUGGUCAUGUACGUUCUCUCCAAUAAGAAGGAAGUUUAUAUUUUAUUCUCCAAGUAAACUACUCUCCAAAUGAAUUAUAUCUGGCUUAUUUUUAUUAUCAGGUCUAAAUUUGGCGUUGGCACUUUUCCGAUUUACAUGAUAAGUAUCAAUAAUUGAUAAACACUUUUAAUGGUAAAAUCCAGUAAAUAAAUCAAAUGGUUUGGUGAUGUCUGGUUGACCAUGCCAUAUAACAUGUAUAAUGCUGGUCAUUAUGUUCCAUUAUACAGGUUUAUUCCAAUCAAAGGUGAUAGAUAUGUUUAGUAUUACCACUAUAAAACUAUCAUCCAAAUAUGCCUUGGUAGUCCUUCUUACCCAAAAUUUGUACUUUGAGGCCGAGAGAGUACAUUCGAUACGUUUCUCAAAAGUCGGCCCAUUUUAAAAGAUAAAUGAUUUGCGUGAUAACGGAGAUUGCUCGGAAUUAUCCCUCGCUAUUCAACUAUACCUAUUUUUAAAAGACUAGUAAUGUUAGUAUUAAUUCAGAUAUACUGUCAGCGUGUCUUUCCAUUACUUGUAGCGGCAAGUUUUUCAUUGUUUACAUGAAUACGACAAUGAUGUGAAACUUCAAGACCCUCUACUUCUGUGUUCACUUUACUAACAUAAGCAGGUGUGAUCAAAAUGGAGGAGUUAACCUGCCUGAUUUGCAGGCAGUAAUAUCUCUUGAACUGGCGCAACAACGUUCGGCCUGUGCCUACUUUUGAUCAAUGGAAACACACUAGCUGCCCUCAAAAAGUACAUGUAAUAUCCACCCUCGGCAGCUAUCACAGAAGUAUUGGACGUUAAGGGGAAUAUCAUUUCAACAGAAGGGUUAAAAGCCAUCCAGUGGCAAUUAUUGUAAGUGACGUGGUGCGGUUUGAUUUAUUUUGUUAGCUUAGCUAACGUGGUGACGAGUUCUUUCUAUUGUUUCGUAACAUUGAUAUGAUUAUUAUAAAAUUGGGUGGAUGUGGACAACAAAUUCUGAAUGUACAAAGUGUUUAGAUUACUCGGUAACAUUGUGACCACUGUUGUCAUGGGUUUCGUGCUGUUGAAUGAGAAUCAAAUGUAAAAAAAUUGUAGGAUAAUUAGCUCACUUGAUUAAUAAUGUCUGGUUCAUUUUAUGAUUUUGCCUGGUAUAUAUAUCAACAGUAUCUGCCCAGUUAUAUGGGGUGUCUCAAAAAAUCUCAGUAGUGUCUGAAAGAGACAUUGGAGAGUGGAGAAUGUGUAUUUCCGCUGGUGAAAUGAUUUGAAAAAUAUAUCAAUAUGCCAGACUAAGAAAGACUAUUGGGUAUUCAUCUUCUUGGAGAUGAUUUUUUUCGAUGUUUUUUGAGACACCUUGUAUAGGAGUUAUCGUUUGUGUUCAUUCCGAAACAGUACCAACUUAACUUGGAUUGGUUCGCAAACAUAGUGAAUUGAUUCAGCCAUUGGUCAUUUUGACUUUAUUUUUGUUAUGUGGUUUUCAGUCCACUUUUUUCAUAAAGAUAUGUAGGUUGCUUAAGGCUCCAAUAAAUACUGUCAUGGAUUAAAUUA